CGUGUUAUAAUUUUUAUUUCGUCAAAAUAUUAUUUUACAAGGAGAGAAUUCUUCAUAAUGCUAUCUACCCAAAAAAAAAAAAAAAGGGCAUGAGUCACUUUCUUUCUCUCUCUCCUCUUUCCUCUUCCAAACAAGAAACCCAUUUUAUUUUCAACCAUGACAGAUUUUGCCUUGUCUUUUACACACGAUCUGGUCAACAAAUGGCCAAAAUACUUUCCAAAUUUUCUUGAAAAAAAUCAACUUUAAAGAUUCGAUUUUUGAAUUCAAACGGCUCCUUGAACUUUUGUCGGAGCCAAAAAUCUCGAAUUCAAACGGAAACCUAGACUUUUACCUAUAAAUACUAUCUUAUGUCCUCGGCUAAAGGGGAGAAAAAAAAAAGAGGGAAGCUGGAACUAUUAAAAAAAAAAAAAACUCUCUCAUCUAAAAUAUUUAUAUUUUUUAUUAUCUCUCAAAGAAAUUUUAGCAUUUUCAUUAUUCUUUCUCUCUGUCCAACUCAAUCUUACUCACAAAGGAGUAGAUCUGAGACCUCAAAGCCCUUGUUCACUGCACCCACAAGAGCAAUUGAUCAUCAGUUUGCCCGACCAUCUCUUGUUGUGACUCAAAAUUCGGCAAAUUUUGAGCACGUAGCGCUUAGAGGAUCAAACUUUCUGUUGACCAUCAGUUUGCCCGACAAUCUCUUGUUGCGACUCAAAAUUCGGCGAAUUCUGAGCGCUCAGUGUUCAGAGCAUUGAAUUUUUUCAUUUGGCAAAAUGGAGAUACCAGCCCCUUCAGUUUUUUGUAGUCUCUUCUUCGUUGUGUUGCUCCUACUUCUACCAGAUACAUCAGUGUCUGAACCAAGAUCCCAGACAGUCCAGAUCAUAUGUGGAAACCAACACGAGCAUAACACAACGAUUUUCGUUCCAAAUUUUGUUGCUACUAUGGAAACUAUAAGCCAACAAAUGAGAACUAGAGGAUAUGGAGUAGCAGUUACUGGCACUGGACCAGAUACUAACUAUGGACUUGCCCAAUGCUAUGGCGAUCUUUCGUUAUCCGACUGCGUCUUAUGUUACGCUGAAGCGCGAACUGUUCUUCCCCAGUGCUUCCCUCAUAACGCAGGGCGGAUUUAUCUUGAUGGUUGCUUUAUGAGAUCGGAAAAUUACACAUUCUAUGAACAGUACUUAGGUCCGGAAGACAGGCAUGUAUGCGGAAACAGGACGACAAAGGGUUCGUUGUUCCAACAGAAUGCUAGGCAAGCCGUUCAGCAAGCAGUUGCAAAUGCACCAAGUAAUAAUGGCUACGCGCGUGCUCAAGUGUCAGUGCCCGGUCCUUCUAACGAGACAGCUUACGUUCUUGCUGAUUGUUGGAGGACGCUGAGCUCAAAUUCCUGUGCAGCGUGCUUGCAAAAUGCUUCUGCCUCCAUGUUGGGAUGCUUGCCUUGGUCGGAAGGUAGAGCGAUGUACACCGGAUGCUUCAUGAGGUAUUCCGAUACAAAUUUUCUCAAUGCUAUUUCUACCAAUGGAGGCUCGUCAUCAGGAGGAAAAGUUGCAGUCAUUGUCAUCGUCGUUGUAAGUUCCAUGCUCAUUUUGGGAGUAGGUGUUGUCAUUGCUAUUUAUGUCUGGAAAAACAAGCAAAUCCAGAAGAAGAGAAAAGGCGCAAAUGAUGCCGAGAAAUUAGUGAAGAUCCUUCAUGACAACAGCUUGAACUUCAAGUAUUCGACACUUGAAAAAGCCACAGGGUCAUUUGACGAGGCCAACAAGCUCGGGCAAGGUGGAUUUGGCACGGUUUAUAAGGGUGUUUUGGCAGAUGGGAGAGAGAUUGCUGUCAAAAGGCUGUUCAUCAACAACAAACACAGAGCUGCAGAUUUUUAUAACGAGGUUAACAUAAUCAGUAGCGUCGAGCACAAAAAUUUGGUAAGGUUAUUGGGAUGCAGCUGUUUGGGACCGGAAAGCCUUCUUGUAUACGAGUUCCUCCCUAACCAGAGUCUUGAUCGCUUCAUAUUUGAUCCUGUCAAAGGUAAAGCUCUAAACUGGGAGAAAAGAUUCGAGAUAAUUAUAGGGACCACGGAAGGUUUGGUAUACCUACACAAGAACACAAAGACUCGAAUAAUUCACAGAGACAUAAAAGCAAGCAAUAUCCUGUUGGACUCAAGGCUUCGUGCAAAGAUUGCUGAUUUUGGGUUGGCUAGGUCAUUCCAAGAAGACAAGAGUCACAUAAGCACUGCCAUUGCUGGCACAUUGGGAUAUAUGGCUCCAGAAUACUUAGCACAUGGCCAAUUGACAGAAAAAGCAGAUGUUUACAGCUUUGGGGUUCUUCUAUUGGAAAUUGUUACCGGAAGGCAAAAUAACAGGAGCAAAAAUGCCGAAUACACAAAGAGCUUAGUUUCCAUUGUGUGGGACAACUUUCAACGUGGCAUAGUGGAGGAACUGUUCGAUCCGAAUCUCAUGUUGCAUAACUACCACACAAUCAACGUGAAAAAUGAGGUCGCGAGAGUUUUACAUGUCGGACUUUUGUGCACUCAAGAGAUCCCAACACUAAGGCCAUCCGUGUCUAGGGCAUUACAAAUGUUCGUCAAGAAAGACGAAGAGUUGCCUCCUCCUACUAAUCCUCCAUUCGUGGAUGAGAAAACCAUGGAACUUCAUGACGCUUGGGAGAAGUACUCGCUUAAAGAAGGUGAUUCUGCUUCGAUUGCCAACUUAUCCCACAGUUCUUUUUACCCCAGAUGAUGAUGUCCGGCCCGAUGCUCUGAAACUGAUGUUCUUGAAGUAGACUUCAUCAUGAUCAAGCUGUUAGUUACAACAACGCCUCAGUCCCAAACAAUUUGGGGUUUGGCUAGAUGAAUCCUCAUUGAUCCAUUUAAGCUCAAUUCGUGAUCUAGCAGUUAGUUGCUUUAAUAGUUUUGUUCCUAGCUAGAGAUGUUUGGAUGAAUACACAAAGUUUUUUCCAAGGCUAAUAGAAAAUAUAGCUCAACUCAUGAUCGAACAAUAGUUACAACAACAAUUAACAACUAUGCCUCAAUCCCAAAUAAGUUAAGGUCGGAUAGAUGAAUCCUCACUGUUCCAUUAAAGUUCAACUUAUGGAUGCAGUUAGUUGCUUUGCAUGACCAAAAUGAGAAAUAAAAAUACUGGAAUGCAUGUUGUGUUUCCAAGGCUUAGUAGAAAUUAUAGGAAGCUAGUUCAAAUUAACACAUGGCGGUGAUUUAUGUAUAAUUUAAAGGUAAAAUUUUGAUAUGUAAACACUUGGUGAUUCCUAGUA